AUGGAACAGGCGGACAUAUCAUUGGGAUCGGAAUUGAAUCCUAUCCCGGAUAGUUUCUCUUCAGUCCGUCGCAAAGAAUCGACAUUGAAUAAUGGACGACUUAAUCGAGAUGUCAAGAAGGAAUGGACUUCCGCUCGGUGCAAUCGCUUGUUACGAUCUUUAACCUCCCGAAUCGCAAUUCUACGUAAGAAUAGACAAAUCUCCUCGAAUUACAUAACGCCCCAAUCUAAGAAGCGCAAAUCGGUCUCUGAUUUAAACAACGAUGCAUCAUGCGAGGAAUUGGAUAAUGUUAAUGCAAAUUGGAUUGGGCAAAAGAGAGUGAAGAGAACGUACUCCGGAAAGACAGGCACCAAUGGUUCGGGGCAACAUAUUACCAGCACGGGGCCUUACGUCAGAGUAUCCUCGAACGGCAGAAGGCCAUCAGUCCCUGGAGAAUUUAUGUUUCUAACGCCAUUGCUCGUCCGAGCUUGGGGAGAACCUGCUUCACCAUAUCGCGCUAUACCUUACAAAGGGAUGACUCUCGGGCAUCACCAACAGAAGAGCACAGAUUCAAUUAUCGACGAGCCAGCUAGAACUCGACCCCUAGGGACCAGCAAGGCACAAACUCUAGGAUCACAAGCAUUUUCCAAGAUUCGGAAUACUAUGAGUGCUGAGCGCUUCAACACAUAUGAAGGCAUUUAUAAUGGUCUAGAGGCAUUACUAAGGGCAACGUGUCCUACUAUACCAAGCAAUUCUAAAAAAGGACCUAAGUCAUUACUAUCCAUGUGUCUUAGAACUGUACCGAAAUAUAUUACCAUGGAAGAGAAGUUAUUAGCUAAUGAGAUAGGUUCUCGCUCAGCCAUCGAGGAGAGGGAUAUCUCUACGGAAAUUUAUGAUGACCUCGAAUUGUUGGGAUCGUCUGGCCGGGGUUGGAGACAUCUUCAGAGUGUAGUUCGAGCCCAUGGUGUUCAAAUUAUUUGCAAUGCUAUUGUGGAAGGUCUCUUGGAACAUAGCUUUUGUGAAAUACUCGUCGAUCUUUGUAUAUAUUCGGAUUAUCACGACGAAGCAGACCUAAUACUAUCAAGUCUACUUUCAAUAUGCAAAUUUCCUGCCCCAAGAUCAAGCGAAAGUCUUUUUUCGGAGAGUCGGGCUCACCAGCCACUAUUAAAGAUUUGGAAUUUCGCCGAAAAGUCAGGUCGUACUGAGUAUUUGUAUCGGCAACUCUCGAUUUUGUUUCAAAAUGGAAAUCUUCCACUUCCUUGGGUAGCUACACGAGCAUUUACGCCGAUUUGGACUGGUUUGAUGCAUGAGUUAUGGUUGGGUCGUGCGAGAGUAGAUGCAACGACAUUGAUGAAUACGAUCUUGCCACGCCUUGUAGAAUAUGUGUCUUCAUCUGACUCCCUGUUGGAUGCUGACCUAUUUGAGAUAUGCAGACGUACAUUGUUGAGCGUGCUGACAGUAAUUUCAUCCAUCAUUCUUCUCAGUAGAGAUGCUGUUGAGAGUACCUUAAAGCAAGAGUCUAAGCAUACCACCACAAUCAGCGAGAAUUAUUCAAUGCUUUUGAGAGACUGCGUAAGAACCAUCAAACGUGGUGCUAAGGAGGUUGAUCUACAAUGUACCAUAUUACUUCUAGCAUGUCUGGUGACUGAGCCUAAUGCGAAUGAUACAUCGGAUUUCAUUACCAAUUCUCUGUAUCGAUUGUAUGCUGAAGAGAUUGUAGAUCCAGGUACGGGCAGACUUUCUCAACCCUUCCAGAGGACUCUUUUUGCCCACAACGAAGCUGUGAAGUUCAUAUCAUCGGUAGCGCGUUGUUGUGGCAAAGGAGCUUCAACUUCCGGGUUUGAAUACCUCCAGCAUGUACAUGGGAAACUUAAGCAGGUGAAUACGGGUAGAGGUUUGAAGGCGAGGACCGUUUUGCGUGGGAUUGUUGUGGAUAGCGCAUUUGCCUUCGCGCAAGUAACACCGGGCCAAAAAUAUCUCGAUUAUGCGGAUUCUUUAGAUGACGAACUUCACGCUGAAAGCUCGAGAAGACCAGAUUCAGCAAAUUCAGAAGCCCACCACGAAUCAAGAGAUUUUCGAUGGGAAGAAGGGAUAAGUUCUUGGGUGCCAGUAACGCCUGCUUCCAAUACCAGCAAAAGCAAGAGCAUACCUACUAGUUCUGAGCGCGACGAGUUAGAGCUUGAAUCGCCUUCUGUUGCUCGCGCACAACGGCCUGUACGAUUAGAUCCAGAGCCUAAAAAGAGAUAUGAUAGUGCUGGACCCGAUCAAUCUGCUGAGCCAGAAAUACAACUACCAUCAAGGAUCGAAGAUGAAACACGACGAGGGAAGGCAGCAUCCCUCGAGGUCUGGCAUUAUGAUAGCAGCGAUGAUGAACUUAACUCCAGCCAUGAAUCUUUUCAAGAUACUCAUGUUUUGAAAAUUGUUCGAAACACAGUAGCCUCGCGUCGAUCAAAACUAGUCAAGGCGAAGCGACAAAAGCAAAGACCAACCAUCAAUUACGAACAAUCGUCAUACAGCGAAGAUGAACUGUGCAUAUGA